UGUGCUCUGAGUGUUUCGUGCUGUAUAUUGAAGUGGCAUACAGUCUAUAUGCACAGACUAAAGCUGAUUAUCUGUGUCCAUGCAGUGAAGCCGGGUCAAUGUCCCAAACCGAAGAGCGUUCCAGAAAUUGCUGAAAGCUGUUUCCAUGAUGGCCAGUCUCCUGCCACACAGAAAUUUUGCCCAACCACCUGUGGCCAUGUAUGUAGUGAACCAGAUGAUCAGGAAAGGGAUCAGGGAAGUGGUCAGGGUUACGGAAGUGGAGAAGGAAGCAGACGGGGACAGGGAAGCGGACAGGGUUACGGAAGUGGUCAGGGAAGUGGUCAGGGUUAUGGAAGUGGAGAGGGAAGCAGACGCGGACAGGGAAGCGGACAGGGAAGGGGUCAGGGAAGCGGACCGGGUUACGGAAGUGGUCAGGGAAGUGGUCAGGGUUAUGGAAGUGGAGAGGGAAGUGGACGGGAACAGGGAAGCGGUCAGGGUUACAGAAGUGGAGAGGGAAGCGGACAGGGUUACGGUAGUGGUCAGGGUUAUGAAAGUGGUGAGGGAAGCGGAAGCGGACAGUGAAUGGGUCAGGGAAGCG